AUAUCUUACGUCUGUAGCAAUAUAAUCAAUAGUAUAUCCUAAAACUAAAUAAAUGAUAAUAUAAGACCUAUAAAUAUACACGUUGUGUGACUAGAACAAUAUUAUAUAAACAGAUAAAUAAGAUAUAUUUAGAGGCUGUAAAUAAAUUUUGGGUGAUAUAAAUCAAAAUGGCAGCCUCCAUGUCGCUUACAAAAAUUUCAACAUUUAUCAGAAAUACGCUUCCUAAAGCUCCACAGAUCUGUACUCAAGCCAUACUUCCAGCUUGUUGUACAAUGACCAGAUUACAGUCAAUGGAACAUAGGGUUCCACUGAUACCAGGUGGACUUCAUCGUUUUUAUUCAGCAGAAUCUUGGCAGAGUUCAACAGCACCAACGACUACUUCCCACCAGCAAGUUGAGCCCGAAGUGACUGAUGAAGCAGAUGUCUUGUACAAGUCAGUAGAGAUUGAAGCUAAAGGCCAUGAACUUGCAGUGUUAGAUAGUUAUGAGAAGUUUUGCUGCCUAGCUGCCAAGGAACUAGGCCUGAACAUGGCAAAUGUGUGGACUCCCCCAAGGAACAUCCUUAGAAGGACAUUGCUGAAGUCUAAGCAUAUUUACAAGAAGCAUAGGGUGCAAUAUGAAAUAAGAACAUAUUUUAGAGUCUUCCAAUUAAAACAUAUAACAGGCUGCAGUGCUGACACCUAUCUGGAGUACAUACAAAGGAAUCUCCCAGAAGGAAUGGCCAUGAAGGUGACUCGAAAUCGUUUAGAAGCAAUACCAGACCAUAUACAACCUCCUGAAGAUUUUGCUGGGAAAAGUGAUGAACUGCCAUACCCUCCUUACAAUAAACAAAGCUAGGACUAAAUUACUUACUUAAACAUUACGAAAGUAUUAUGAACAACUGAGUGAUAAAAAGAAACAAUUUUGAUGGAAGAAUCAUAUACAUGUAGUCUAUAUGGAACCCACCUUUUUCAAACAUCUCUGGUUCCCAAAAUGGAUGAACUUCAGUGGGAGGAAAUGUCCAAUAAUUGAAUUAUAAACCCCUUGCUUUAGCAAACAGCACAUUAACAUAACGCUACCAAGACAUUACGAAAUUCACUAAAUAAUGUCCUGGUUGCUGAAAUGAGGGAAUUUUGGAACAAAUCAUCUUUGUAGGUGAGAAUGAUGAAAAUAAAAAAAAUCCUCCAACGGAAGGUCAUCCAUUUUGAUAUAAAGACGUUACAUAUUUAUAACCAGGUGGGACCAGUGAACAUUACCAUAAUUUUAGCACCUUUAUCUAGUACCUCUUUAUCUUGCCCAUCAGCUCCUUCAGAUCAGGUCUUAUUCAAUCUGGGACUUGAAGAUAAUCAUAAAUUAAAGAGAUUCCAGAGUUUUCAUAUUACAGCUAAAAUUAUUAAUUCACAGCAUGAAAACUUCAUGAAUCAGUCAUUAACAAAAUAAGUGAAAAUAAUACAUGUGACAAUGUUUUACAGUAAAAGGGGUGAGCCCUGACACAGGUACAUCUAUCUGCAUUACCAUGAAUGGUAACCAAAGUGAGUGGUAUAAUAAACAACAUAACUGAGCUGUCA